GGCUCCUCCGCCGCGAUGCCUCUUCCCUCUUGGGGUCCUGGUCCCCAGCUCCUGCCCCGGGGCCGGCAGCACACGCGUGUGUGGGACACGCGUGUGUCAGGCCCGUCCCACGCCUCCCCGCACCGGAUCGAUUCCCGCUGGCCGCGUGCCGGGCGCUGUGCCGGGGCACCGAGAUCGAUCCCGGCUGCUGCACCGCGUUGGGGCUCGGGAAAGGGGGGUCCCAAUCCCCCGGCAGCCCCUCGGAAGCCUCCAAGGACUGCAAGCGGCUCCAAGGAGACCCCAACCCGUCGUGUUGGAGCCUCCGGAAUGCCAGAGCGCCGGUUGGUGCCGGCACAGCCGCCGGCAUGCUGGGCACCCCAAGCCCUCGCUGAGCCCCGUUCUCUGUCCGCAGUGGCGCAGACGCGGUUCGUGGAGGAGCCCGAGGACCAGACGGUGGUGGCCGGCCAGAGGAUCGUCCUCUCCUGCGUGGUGCUCAACUACUCGGGGAUCGUGCAAUGGACCAAAGACGGCCUCGCCCUGGGCAUGGGCCAAGGGCUCAAAGCGUGGCCGCGCUACCGCAUCGUGGGCACGGCCGACUCGGGUCAGUACAACCUGGAGAUCUCCGACGCCGAGCUCUCCGAUGACGCCGUGUACGAGUGCCAGGCCACCGAGGCCGCCCUGCGGUCGCGCCGCGCCAAGCUCACCGUGCUCAUCCCCCCCGAGGACCCCAUCAUUGACGGAGCCCCCGAGAUCCUGCUGCGCGCGGGGACGCCGUACAACCUGACGUGCCGGGCACGCAGCGCCAAGCCGGCGGCCACCAUCAUCUGGUACCGCGAUGGGCUCCAGCAGGAGGGCGCCGUCACCAGCACGGAGGUGUUGCCUGACGGCAAGCGGGAGACAACCACCAGCCUGCUCGCCAUCAACCCAACCGACCUCGACAUCGGGCGGGUGUUCUCCUGCCGCAGCACCAACGAUGCCAUCCCAGCGGGCAAGGAGACCUUCGUCAAGCUCAAUGUUCACCAUCCCCCGACUGUCACGUUGUCCAUCCAACCCCAGACAGUGCAGGAAGGCGAGAGGGUCGUGUUCACCUGCAUGGCGACGGCCAACCCUGAGAUCAAAGGCUACAGGUGGGCCAAAGGGGGGGUGAUCAUUGAGGACGCCAAGGAGAACAAGUACGACACGCAGGUGGAUUACACCUUCUUCACGGAGCCCGUCUCCUGCGAGGUGCACAACGACAUCGGCAGCACCAACGUCAGCACGCUGGUGGACGUGCACUUUGCCCCUCGGAUCGUGGUGGACCCCAAACCCACCAUCACGGACAUCGGCUCCGACGUGACGCUGACGUGCGUGUGGUCUGGCAACCCACCGCUGACCCUCACCUGGACCAAAAAGGAGUCCAACAUGGUCCUGAGCAACAGCAACCAGCUGUACCUGAAGUCGGUGACACAAGCCGACGCGGGGCAGUACGUCUGCAAAGCCAUCGUCCCCCGCAUCGGCGUGGGCGAGCGCGAGGUCACCCUCUUUGUUAACGGUCCCCCCAUCAUCUCGAGCGAGGCCGUGCAGUACGCUGUGCGCGGGGACCGCGGCAAGGUAGAAUGUUUCAUCGGCAGCACUCCGCCCCCGGACCGCAUCGCGUGGGCCUGGAAGGAGAACAUUUUGGAGGCAGGAACGCUGGAGCGGUACACGGUGGAGCGGACGAACACAGGCAGCGGGGUCCUCUCCACCCUGACCAUCAACAACGUCAUGGACGCCGACUUCCAGACGCGCUACAACUGCACGGCCUGGAACAGCUUCGGGCCAGGAACGGCCAUCAUCCAACUGGAGGAGAAAGAGGUCUUGCCCGUGGGCAUCAUCGCCGGGGCCACCAUCGGGGCCAGCAUCCUCGUCAUCUGCUUCCUCAUCGCGCUCGCCUGCUUCCUCUACCGGCGGCGGAAAGGAAGCCGUAAGGAUGUCACCCUACGCAAGCUGGACAUCAAGGUAGAGACGGUGAACAGGGAGCCCCUGACGCUGCACACGGACCGCGAGGAGGACACGGCCAGCGUCUCCACAGCCACCCGUGUCAUGAAGGCCAUCUACUCAUCAUUCAAGGAUGACGUGGACUUGAAGCAGGACCUUCGCUGUGACACCAUUGACACACGCGAGGAGUAUGAACUCAAGGACCCCACCAAUGGCUACUACAACGUCCGCGCCCACGAAGAUCGCCCGUCCUCCCGCACCGUCCUCUACGCUGACUACCGCAACCCCGCUCCAGCGCGCUAUGACACCCGCCCUCCUUCUCGCCUCUCGCACUCCAGCGGCUACGCUCAACUCAACACCUACAGCCGCGGCCCCGCGUCCGACUACAACACCGAGGCAGCACCGGGUCCCGGUCCUCCUCCCGGCACGGCGGGCGGCGAGACAGCGAGCCAACUGUCCUAUGAGAACUACGGGGGUCACACCGCCUUCCCGGCCGGUGCCGGUUACGCUACGUACCGCCUGGGGUACGGUCAGCCGCCCAGCCUGGAGCGGGCACCCUACGACGCCUACGAUGCCAUGGGCAAAUACGCCAGCGCCACCCGCUUCUCCUACACCUCCCAGCACUCGGACUACGGGCAGCGCUUCCAGCAGCGGAUGCAGACGCACGUUUAGGGCGGGGGACGCGGGCAGCGGGGUCUGCAGGUACCUCACGACUGUCCCCUGAUAUUCAGGGGCUCAUCCUGACCCUCCUGCCCCGCUUCUCCUCCAGCGGCUGGAGUCCACGUGCCAUGUCAUCAACCCCAGGACGUGCUCAGAGCCUCUUCGAGCUUCCACUCAUUCAGUUCUUUCGUUUCGGUACCUUCCCGGAGGAGGGAAGGGGUUGGGGGGCAUCUUUACCCCACGUCCAUCCCGGCCCUCCAUCCCAGCCAGUCUCUGGGUGCGUGCGGGUCUUUGCGGCUGACGGGGCCGGCUCUGCAGCCUCCGCUCUCCCACCACCCCAGAUCUCCCCUAGACCAAGCUCCCCGGGGCCAGAUCCUUCCCCAGUGGGUCCCCAGCACCCCGGAGCGAGGGGCUGCACCCCAGCUGCCCCACCAGACCCCCCCAGACCCUGUGCAAGGGAGCAGGGAGGUGCUGUGUGUACAUACCCAUCGGUGCGUACACACACACACACGUAUGCAACACCCGCUUUCUGUUUUCACCCCAAAAAAGCCCCUUUCCAACCCCUUCCCUGUGCCUUGACUUCAGGGAUGGUUCCCCCUUCCCUGCCGACAGCCGCUGCGCCCGCUCUCGGAGCCCCGAGCAGGGUCCUGGGGGAUCAGGAGCAGCAGAUGCCGGGUGUCGUCCCCCCAUACGCACACCUAUAGGUGCUGGGAUUCCCUCCCCUUGAUCCCAGUAACGCCCACCCGGCUCCGUCCCGCCACCGCCGGCAGUGUGGGGAUGUGGGGAGCCCUCAUGAAUGUAUAGCACGGCACACGUAUGGGGUGGCAGCACCCCC